UGAGUGAGUCAGGAUUGGAGAGGCUGUUAUUGCAAAAGGCAGCACUGACGUCUGUGCAACACUGCACCUCUCUCCAAGUGUGUCUGUGUGUGCAACUGCGGGGCUGCUUCAUCGCUACUCCUCCCUGCCCGUUUCUGUUUGUUUUUCCCUUUGCAAUGACUUGCUUGGUUUUUGGGGAGCUGGUGUUCUGACCCGGCUGUAUCCAGGCCACCCCACACUUGACCCCCUCCCGCUGCUAUGCAGCACCACUGCCCCGGCUCUGCCAGGCAAGGCAAGAGGCUGAAGAGGGCAUCAGUUCGGCAUUGCCUGUCGACUCCCAGCCUGCGGGGCCUGUUCACCAUCAGCGAGGAAGAGGAGCGAUGCAGAGAUGCAGCAAUGAGGAGGCUGAGUGCUGCUGACAUCAAGAUUGUAGCGGAAAAGAGUCCAACCAAGGAAGAGGAAGGAGAGAAGGGGCCAACCAAGAAAAAUGAAGGAGAGAAGGGGCCAACCAAGGAAGAGGAAGGAGAGAAGGGGCCAACCAAUGACGAGAAAGGAGAGAAGAGGCCGACCAAUGAUGAGAAAGGAGAGAAGGGGCCGUCCAAUGACAAGGAAGGAGUGAAAGGGCCAGCCAAUGACCAGGAAGGAGAGAAAGGGCCAGUCACAGCGGAGAAGGGAGAGAAGAGCCUAAGCAAGGAGGAGGAGGUGGCAGAGAAGGGUCUAGCUAAGGAGGAACCACAUCCUACUCCCUCCAGAUCCACAGCUUUGGGCAAAAGCCCUCGAGGAAAGCCAGAUGGACUGAAGGCUGAGGACAGGCAGAGACUAGCAAGACAGCGCAGAGAGGAGCGGGCAAAAAAUCUCGCUGCUAAGAAGUCAAUAUGGCUGGAGAGGGAAGAAAAGGCAAAGAUGCUCCGAGAGAAGCAAAUGGAAGAUCGCAGGAGGAGGCUGGAGGAACAGAGGCUGAAAAUAGAGAAGAGACGAGCUAUACUCGAGGAAAGGCAGCGGCUAAAGCUGCAGAAGAACAAGGAGCGUUACGAAGCAGUGGUACAGCGCUCAACCAAGAAAACCUGGGCGGAGAUCCGUCAGCAGCGGUGGUCCUGGGCUGGAGCACUGCCCCAUACCCUGAGUGUGCACAGAGAGAGGUCAGAGGGUUGCUCUCUCUCGGCUGUCAAUCUACCCAAACAUGUGGAUUCUAUGUUAAACAAAAGACUCUCCAAGUCCUCAGCCACACUCUGGAAUUCCCCCAGCAGAACUCGCCGUUUGCAGCUGAGCCCCUGGGAGAGCAGUAUCGUGGACCGCCUGAUGACUCCAACCCUGUCCUUCCUUGCCAGGAGCAGGAGUGUCGCUGUUUUAACGGGUAAUGGCCGAGAUCCAGUUGUUCCUCUCUGUCCCCGAUCAUCCUCAGCCAGCCCAAUAGCUCCAAGCAGUGGCAAAACCCCUCACAGAUGCUCGACUCGAUGGAGAUCUGCUCUCAGCACGCCGGAUAUCCUAGGCCGACACAAGACUGAUCUCCCUCUGAGUGAAAGCAAGAAGAAGGAAAAAAAAGACAAAGAACGGGAGAAUGCAAAAGAAAAGCACGCGCUGCUGAAUUCCGGGAGCGUGGCUGACAAAAUGAUGAGGAAACGACAGUCUCUUCCGAUUGUCAGAAGCAAAGAGUCUGUGGCAAGAGAAGCCAGAUUGAAGAAUCGGUCAUUGCCCAGCUCACCCAGACGCCGGACUUCGGGUACCAGCGGUAGUCCCGUAGUCCCUCCGGUGCCCUUGACAACGGACAUUAGUACCCCGGUGAGGAAGUCAAAGGCCAGAGGCGAGAACCGAAAGGCGAAGGAAAACCGCCCGAAACGGAAAGAGGAAAAGGAGGAGGAGCCAAAGGAAGGUUCCAGACCUUCAUCAGCCAGUGGCCUCAAAAUGAAGGAGAUCCUGGUCGAGACUCCUGAGCCUGGUCAAGGUUCACCGGCUAAAACGAUUGCAGGAACCACAGACCCAGAGGAAGCCAUGAGAGCCCUGGCAGAGAAACGUCGUUUAGCAAGAGAACAGAGGGAGCGGGAGGAGCAGGAGAGAAAAGAACAGGAGGAGAAGAAGAGGCAGAUGAAGGAGGAAAUUGCCCGCCGAAAGGCUGAGGAGAAGGCCCAGCGCGUGGCUGAGGCACUUCGUCGUGAAGAGGAAAGGCAGAGACGUGAAGAGGAACAGCGUCUCCAGGAAGAGGAGUGUCAGCGCAGGCUAGCUGAAGCUGAGCGGGAGGAAAUGGAGCGCCUGCAGAAACAGAGAGAAGAGGCAGAGGCUCGAGCACGUGAGGAGGCAGAGAAACAAAGAUUGGAACGAGAGAGACACUUCCAGAAGGAAGAGCAGGAACGGUCAGCGAGAAGGAAGCGCCUGGAACAGAUUAUGAAAAGGACCAGGAGGUCAGAUUGUCUGGAUAAGAAAGAUGACAAAAAGUCAACUGCUGACGGGGAGCCAGAUGACAAGGAGACAAAGGCAGAGCCAAAGGAGAUUGGUCCUGUUUGUGUGAAGAGUGAAUUUCAGCAGGAGAUACCAGCUGAACACCAGGUUGGAGACUCUUCGAUUAGCACCACAGACCUUCCAUCACAGGAUCGCCCUCUUGGGGAGCUGGGAGUCCCUCCUAAAGAAGAUGGCUGUGAGAAGCAAGCGGUCGUCAACAACACCGUGCAGUUGAGGCAGCAGGAAAACGGGAUCUGCCCCAAGGAGAUGGAAUCCCGGGCCUUUGAAGAGAUCAUUGAGCUCUCGAAUCACACGAGCUGUUUAAAGGAGAGCGUGGAGAGUAAUGGCGAGAAAGAAUGUCUCAGCAGUCACACAGCUGACGAGAUUCCAGUCAAUCCCAUCAUCGUGUUUGAGGAAGAAAGUUCCUUCAUUAAGAAAACAACAGGAAUCCAAUCCCAGCAUGUAGCAGAAAUCCUCUGAAGGGCCGAGGGGGGAUGUGCCUCUCCCCCUGCUCCCCUCCGCUACUCCCACCCCCCCCCCCCCCCUACCCUGAGCCACCACGCACGGCUUUGUACUCAGUGUUGGAUUUGGAAGAGCUCGUCAGUGAGAGGGGAAGAGACAACAGCGAGGCGUGUUAUCGGCAACACUCCACAUGGACCGCACAAAAUCCCCACAGCUCUCGAGCAACACUUCCUUUUACUUUGUUGUGCUGUUUUUAUUUUAAAUGUUUUUCAAAGUGUUUACAGAAAAAUAACUUCUACAUGAGGAGACGGUGGGAGCGAACAUGGGACCCCGGAAGAUUCUAGAGUGACCUUGUGGAAGAUGCAGUCAUUUUCACGAGUGUUCUUCACCUGUACUGUACACCGUGUGCUGACAAUGUCUCUAAUGUGCACCUUAUUAAAACUGACACUAAUUCUAUAUCAUUGGUGAAGAGCUAAAGGCACUCGGACAGACGAGAGUGGCAGAGCGAUGGUUAUUGUAUCACUGGUGAUCAUGUUCUUAUUUAACUUGAAAUAAUAAUAAACUACUGGGUACAGUGUAUGUGAAUAAUGUAAAUAAACCUGUCAGUGUUACACCAGGGAA